UUUGCACCCAUUUUGGUGGUGACUUGAUGCAGCAGGACAAAUAAAGUGCAGCUGUACCUGGUCCUGCAGCCAUGCAAAACUGCUUUCCCACAUUCCCCCUCCCAUCAGUGCUGUGCUUCCCGCUGUACUGGGACAACUGGACUGCUAGGACCCAGCAGCAUUUCCCUGCACCCCAAAGGUGUUGGGCACCGGUGCUGCGGUCCCGGUGAGGCUUUGGCAGGGAGCACCGGUGAGCCCGAAUGUGUCUUUGCCUUGUGGGAUAGAGAGCAGAGGAGGGGAAAUAUAAUAAAUAAAAUACAAGAAAUGGUAAAUAAAAGAAAAUUAAAUAGUUAAAUAAUGGUUGAAUUGGUAAUUAAAAUCUUACAUUUAAAUGAAUAAAUAAUUAAAGGAAAUAAUAAGAAAAUUAAAAAUAACAAUAAUUAAAAUAAGUAUAGAACAAAAAUAAAGUUUAAUAAAAGAAAUAAUAAAAAUCAAAUAGAAUAACAUAACUGACAUAAAAUAAUUAAGAUGAAAUUAAAACAAUAUAAGAUGAAUAAGUAUUAACAUAAAAAUAAGAUCAGAAUAUGAACCUCUGCUCAUCCCUGAACCGGCUCCUCUCCUCCCACGCUCUGCUCAGCACCACAGUCCCAUUUUGACCCCAUCCCGUGCCCCGGACCGAGGUGAUCAGGCAAAACCCGCCAGCCCUUCCAGAGUUGCCUCAUUCGGGAUUUCUGCUCCGCGGGAAUGUGCCGGUGACAGUGACAUCACCGCGGGGUUUGCGCAACAGGACCUGGCACGGGACACGGGGAGCGCGUCCCCACGGGCAUGGGGGGCUGGGCAGGGGACUCGGAGCACCCCGUGCCCACCAAGGCAGGGUUCCCAUCCCCCCCGCACCCCAGCACUCCAUGACCUCAACCGCUUCAUCCCAAGAUGCUCUAACCCACCACCAACAUCCCAGCAAACAAACUGGCGCACACCCCAUUCCAGCCAAGCCCCCGCCACCCCCUUUUCCUAAUUUUUGGGGGUGUCGGGAGCUGCUCCCCGGGCUGGAAGGCUCGGUGUUGAGGAGGAAGUCGGGCCGGGGCGCGGGGAGGAGGCAGCAGCCGGAGUUUCCAGGUGUGUGUACAUCACCUGCCCAGCGCUAUAUAAAGGCAGCAGCAGCGGCGGCGCAGGCACUCAACCCCGGGGCAGCAUUUCGGAAGGGACCCCCCCCCCCUCCCCAAAGCUGUGCUCCCGCAACGCCCACCUGAUGGGCUGGCUCUCUGCCCUGCUGCUCCUGGCUGCCCUGGCCCCGUGCCCCAGCCUGCGCAUCCCUCCGCAUCACCCCCACGUGCGCUGCUACAGCGCGGGGGAGCUGGGGGACGGUGAAGCCCCCGCGCAGCUCCUGGGCCGCAGCCUGCGCUGGGACCACUACGUGCCGGUGCAGCUGGUGCCGCAGCUGGAGCGCGUGCAGGAGGCCACCGAGGGCCACCCCCGCCGCCACCGCCGCCACCGCCAGCCCACCUGCCCAGCACUGCAGCUCCGCAGCGGCCUGCGCAGCGAGCCCAACGAGCGCUCCAUCUCCCCGUGGCGCUACCGCAUCGAUGAGGAUGAGAACCGCUACCCACGCAAGCUGGCCUUCGCCGAGUGCCUGUGCAGCGGCUGCGUGGACGUCAAGACGGGGCGGGAGACGACGUCGCUCAAUUCGGUGGCCAUCCACCAGACCAUGAUGGUCCUGCGCCGCAAGCCCUGUCCCCGUCCCGCGGGCCCCGGCCUCGUCACCUUCGAGGUGGACUACAUCAGGGUGCCAGUGGGCUGCACCUGCGUCCUGCCCCGCACUGCCCGCUGAGCCCCCCGGCUCCCGUGGAGCCCCGUAGCGUGACUGUGUCACCGCGUCCGCCCCCACCCGUGCUUGUUUUAGAGCACCCACCCACAGCCGGGUGUCCCCUCAACCCAUCACUUUCUUAUUUAUGAGUUAUUUAUCAGCCUUGCUGCUGGGGUUUGUUUUUUUUUUUUUUUAACCCGUAUUUAUUGCUGAUCCCCCCUCUGACCCCCACAAAGGCUGCGACUCAGGGUCCGGCGUCACCCCACGGUGCCCAAGGCCUCCCCAGCCAGACCCUACGAGCACUGUAAGGGGGUUCGCUGGUUAUUUAUUUUCCCCUAAACCUAUUUAUUGUUUCCUCUAUAUGUGCUAUUUAACGACGGCAGCAAAUAAAGGACGACCCCCCCGGG